AUGGCCUGCGCAGACUGUUUCCGCGGCAGCAUCCACGAGGGUCAACCCAGGGGCGAAGUCGGCAAUGUCCACGGCCUGCCCACGUACAUUUCGCGCCCGCCCAAGGGCACCCCGUCGCGCGGUGUUGUCGUCAUCAUCCCGGAUGCCUUUGGCUGGGAGUUUGGUAACAACCGCCUGCUGGCGGACACGUAUGUCGAAAAGGGCGGUUUCACCGUCUACCUCCCCGAUUUUAUGAAUGGCCAUGCCGCUCCUUUGAGAAUGUUUGACCACGGCCGCGGCUUUACCAACUCACCCAGCUACCUUACCAAAAUCUACCACCUCUUCUGGGCUGUGCUUGACAUUGUGCCAUUCUUCUACCACUGCUACCCGGGCAAGACGUUUCCCGUCGUCAAGGGCUUCUUCGAGCAGCUGCGCAAGGACGAGGGCGCCACGCAGUCCGUCGGCGCCGCGGGCUUCUGCUGGGGCGGCAAGUUCGUCGCCCUCCUGAGUCACGGCCACGAGAUUGCCGGCAAGCCGCUCAUCGACGCCGGCUUCACGGCGCACCCCAGCAUGCUGAGCAUCCCCGGCGACAUUGAGAAGAUCCAACGCCCCGUCUCCUUUGCGCUGGCCGCCAAGGACGACCAGAUCCCGCCGGCCAAGGCGGAGAAGCUCAAGGCGAUAGUGGAGGCGCUGCCGAGCCCGGCGACUGGAGAGGCCUUUGUGAUCGAGAAGACGGGCCACGGAUUCGCCGUCCGCGCCGACGUGGCCCAGGAUGAUGUGGCCGCGCAGGCGGCCAGAGCCGAGGACCAAUGCAUGGACUGGUUCAACAAGCACUUUUGA